AUGAUUAGGUUACUGUUAUUUGUGGGUGCAAUGUGUGAAGUGUACGGAGACAUAGUGCCUUUAAUAUACGCGGCACCGAGUGCGGUAUCUCAUCAAUCCAGGAUAGAUAUCAAACAUAGUCCAGGAUUUGUGGCCGGACCGUUGAUAUAUAGUCCAGCUGCACCUCUAUAUGCUCAUCAACAACUUGAGAAUAAAUUGCGAGAAGCAGUAAUAACACCAGUGUUCACAGCUGAUACAAUAUUAACACCGGUAGCGUUAAGCUUUUUUCACAAUCUUCCGUUAGCAAGAGCACUUGAACAUCCCAUUUCGAUAGAUAAAGCACAAGAGGAGAAUGCAGAGAACUAUGAAUUCGUGGAGGCCGUGGCAGCAAGUGAUGAUAACAGUAAUGUGAUUGUUACGGAAAUUCCUGAACAAGAAAAUGUAGAUAAAGGAGUAAAACAGACCGAGUCAGAUAAGAUCAUCAUAGUAGCUUAUGAUGACAACAGUAAAGUUGUCAGCACUACAAAUGAUCCACAAAUGGAAGCUGUUACAGAAGACGCAGUAUUAAAUUGA